AUGACAAACAAAUUAUUUAUGAUUUGUCUUCUUACUGGUUUGGUUUGUGCUUAUUGUGAAUAUUAUUGGAUGCGACAUGGCUAUCGAUCAUUAGCGCUCGUCGCUUCAAAAUGUCCGAAGCCAACAAUGCCAUCUGUCCGAACACCAACGGACGCUCAACAAGCGACUAAUCAAACUCGAACAUAUUCGAUUUUUAAUUGGUUUUGGAAUCUGUUUUCGGCAUCAAAAGAUAAAUCUACAGCGCCUGUGCUUUGCGAAACAUUUGAAAUACACACAGAUCCGCGUUCAACAUUUAUUCUGAUAAAAACAUGUUGUUUAAUUGGUUUGAUAUUUAAACUUAUUUCGAGCUUAAAAACAGUUCCGAACUUGCUUCGGGCACGGCGUCUGACUACGAAAGAAUCGAGUUAUAGUUCCUCAAUGCCUAAAGGUGAUGGAUUUGUCCAACAAUCGAAAUUAUUCGAAACUACAAAUGGAAAAAUUGGACUGGUUACAACAACGAUUGACAAGCGAAAUUUAUCUGUACGAUAA